ACUGUACGUUCCAAAUCACAUAAUACCGGGGAUGCAAUUUCAAGAUGGCGACGUCCACGAACGCAAAACCAGCGGCACCCGUGCAGCUUCCCAAACCUGUAAAAUUCCUCUUCGGAGGUUUGGCUGGGAUGGCAGCAACUGUCUUUGUACAGCCCUUGGAUCUGGUGAAGAAUCGCAUGCAAAUGAGUGGUGAGGGCGGGGGAUCAAGAAUGUACAAAACCAGCGGCCAUGCCAUCAAAGCUAUCAUAUCCAACGAGGGGUUCUUUGGAAUGUACAACGGAUUGUCGGCGGGUUUGCUCCGUCAAGCGACCUACACAACUACCAGGCUGGGGAUCUACACCACCCUGUUUGACAUGGUUACCGGGCCGGAUGGGAAACCACCAAACUUUUUCAUGAAGGCAGUAAUAGGUAUGUCAGCAGGAGCUACUGGAGCUUUCGUUGGGACUCCUGCAGAAAUCUCUCUCAUCAGAAUGACAUCUGAUGGCAGGUUACCUGUCAAUGAGAGAAGAGGUUACACCAGCGUGUUCAAUGCCCUGGCUAGGAUAACAAAGGAAGAGGGUCUCGUCACACUAUGGAGGGGAUGUGGUCCGACAAUAGCCAGAGCCAUGGUGGUCAACGCUGCCCAACUAGCUUCCUACUCUCAAGCCAAGCAAUUUCUCAUGGGAACAGGUUACUUCCAAGAUAAUAUUGUGUGUCACUUUGGGGCUAGUAUGAUCAGCGGCCUCGUCACAACAAUCGCAUCCAUGCCCGUAGAUAUUGCAAAAACAAGAAUCCAGAACAUGAGGGUUAUUGACGGCAAACCGGAAUACUCUGGCGCAAUUGACGUACUAAGACGCACCAUCGGUAAAGAGGGUAUCUUCAGCCUGUGGAAGGGCUUCACGCCCUACUACACCCGCCUCGGCCCCCACACGGUACUCACCUUCAUCUUCUUAGAGCAGCUCAACAGGUUGUACCGGGUCAAGUAUGCCAAACCUAGAGAGUGAAGCGGGAAAAACCCGGACAUCACGUCAAAGUUUAUCUACUGCCCCUAACCCCACCUUGUGUGUCCCCUGGUUGUAAAAACAGGUGCUGAUGAGGCCAUCAUUUUAGAAUAGACCAUUAUCAUGUUGCGGCAAUCUUGAUUUUUUUCCCCAUUCAAAUCAACAUAACCAAAGCGAGGCUGGAAAGAAAAAUAGUCUGGUUCCUUUUUGCAUAAAAACAUUACCAUUCAGUACUGUUAUUGGAUACAGGGAACAUGACUGAAAUGGUGGCAGCAUGAUAAAGGUCUAUGGAGACAACUCGGCGAAUGGAAAUGCAUUAGAAUGUAGAGAGACAGAGUCAGUUAAGUAUUUACGCAUAAAAGUCACCAUGAAUCUCCCCUUGACAGAUAACAUUUGAUGAGAAAUAAUGAAUCCCUUGGUUCGAUUGUAGUUAAUUGUUGCGGUGUCACUACAUAUACAUGUUUACAGUCUAAAUUCUAAAAUAUUAUAUGAACAUACUUAUGUUUAAAAUCUGAUGUUAUGUAGACAUCCCCUUUUUGUGAGGGUUGGAGGGUGAAAUUUAGUA